AGCGCCCGGAGAUUGUGGCGCAGGUGCCUUCCAUGGCGGCCAACGAGCGGCUCCAGCGGCAUUUAAGCCGCGACCGGCAUUUCGGCUCACUCGUGUGCUCGUGCAGAGUCGGAGCUACCCGGGUUUCGAACAUGGGGCCUGGACUCGCCGCAAGUUUUUUCCUCUUGUCAUGCAGGUUUUCUUGGCUCUAUUUGCUGUUCAUCAGCAGCGCUGCGAGCGUACCCGUGCAACAAAAGUACUACAGGUCCGGCGCCGGCCCGGCUUCGCCGCCCGAAAGCCUGCGGCCUCCGCUCAUGUCCCUGCAACAAAAAUACUCGAGCACAUUCCUUGCUGGCCCCACCCCAGGAAGCCAGUCCCCAUCCAGCCCCGCGACACCCAGUGCGGCCUCAUCAGGCCAUGCCGACCGUCAGGCCUCCUUGCAGAACUCUAAGACGCACUGGAGUCCUCCGGUACUUCCCGGUGACCACGCCAAUGCACCUGCUUCAGAUUCGAGUCGGUCAUCUUAUGAGCCGGCCUCUGGCAACAAGCCCUCAAAUGCAGGCACACAAGUGGCUAAUCCCGGUGGCCUUCUGCACCACAGUUGGGCAUUGUACGGUCCAGUCCAAGAGCGCCUUUUUGAAGCUGACCCUAAGGGACAGUCCCCAGCGUAUCCAGGUGAUGACCUACCCCCAAGUUGGGAGCUGUACAAUCCGGUAUACGCCCCACCUUCCAGCUAUGAAUUCCCAAGUGGUCCUCUUGGCACCGCCAAGGGGCAACCCACAGUGAGUCCCGGUGGCAACAGUCAUCACCAUUUGGGAGCGUACAGUCCAUUUGAUGUGACACUUUCGGGUCACGGACUCCCACCUGGAGGCGUUAAGGGGACUCAAGCGGCAAAUCCCGUUGGCGACCUGCACCCGAGUUGGGACUCGUUCAAUCCAGUAUAUGUUGGGCCACCCAGCUAUGAAACUCAAAGUGCUCUCCGGGUUCCUUCUGGUAGUGUACAAGGGAGUCCUCUCAGCACUGGGAAGGAGCAACGUGAAGCUAAUGAAGGUGGAAAGCUAGCCCCAGUUUGGACGGUUUACAGUCCUGUGUAUUCGCCACCCCCAGCUGCUCCCGCGAGUCGUGUCAGUGGAAGGGGGCACCCCGCAAGUUACAGUCCAGUCCUUGCACAACCUUCUGGCUACAAACCCUCAACUGGGGUUUUUGUCAAGGGGAAGCCAGCAGUAAGUCCUGGUAGCAACCUGGCCCCAAGUUGGGCGGCAUACGGUCAGGUCUAUGAACCGCCUUCCAGCUACAAACCCCCAAAUACUCCUUCGGUUCCCCCUGGCGCUUUUCAAGAGCCGCUGGGAUCUAAUCCAGGUGGCAACUUGCACCAAAGUUGGGCAGGCUACAGUUCAGUUGACAUGCAACCAUCCAGCCACAAACACUCAAGUGGUGGUGGGGGCAAGGGGCAAGCGGCAGUCAAUCCAAGUGGCAACCUGCGUCAAGGUUUGGCAGCAUACGGUCAAGUCCAGAAGCGACUUUCAAGCAAACUCCCAACUGCUACUGUGGUUCCUCCUAGUGGUGUAAAAGGGAAUCAUCAUCAUCAUCAUCCAGGUACAGUCAAGGGGGACCCAGCAGUGAAUCAUCCGGGUGAUCACCUGACCCCAAGGUGGCCAACGUACAGUAAAGUCUUUGAGCCGUCUGGAACCGAAACUUUAACUGCUCCUGAGCUCUCCCCUGGCAAUGCGAAGGUGAGUCCUCCUGGCACCGGGGCAGAGCAGUCUGUAUUUGGUCCCAGAAGAAACCUGGGCCCUGGUUGGACAAAAGUUGGCCAACUUGCACACUUUCAAAGCCAUAAGACUCCCCUGAAAUACAAACAUCCAGCGGGUGGCGUCAAACUUGACACUGGUAAGGAGCAGCUGGCGGCGAGUUCAGGCAGUCACCACCAGCACCCAAAUUGGCGAGCGCAUGGUCAAUUCCGUUAUCCGCUUUCUGGUGGUGGUCUCCUUCAUGGCACUGGAAAAGGGCAACAGAAACGCAUCCCGGGUGUCAAGCGGCCUACGGUCCCCAGUCCGACCCGUGAACCCCUUUCCGGCAAACCGGGUCGCGGCGUUGAGGUCGGGCAGUCUGCAGUGAAGCCUGUGGGCGACUGGCACGCAAAGUGGACAGGACACGGUCCAGCCUAUGCUGGGUCAGCAAAGCACAAGCCCUCAGUUACUCCGGUCCACCACCAGGAGGAGCUACACUUGAGUUUUCCUUCAGGUACCAGAAAGGAGUCCGACUCCUAUUCUAGUAAAAAGCAACACCAUGUUUGGGCGACACCUGAUCCAUCCGACUACGACGACGCAAGCGCUCCUCCUGUCCCCGGACAUCAAACCUCCGUCCAAGUGAGCGGCAAAAAGUGGCCUCCAGCACAAGGUCCGCUUCCGCUUCCGGUCCGGCCAUACCCUCAGGUGGACUUCAUCGACGCUGCUUCCGGACUUCAAGGCUCUGACUCUGCUGGCGUUCCCGACUGGAGCCAUUAUUGGAACUUCCACCAGUGGGGUUCUGGAUAUCCAGGCCACCCCGGCAAAGGUUUGGACCAGAUUCCUCUUCAACACGGUGCCCCUUGGGUGUCAUCGCAUCAAGCCUUCGCCGAGGAGGACGACGGUGACGACGACGACGAUGAAGAAGACGACAACCUUCCGACUUAUGUCAUUCGCAACCGAAAUGGUUAUCAGCAAGAGCGAAAGGAAUUUUCCAGAAUGCAUUACUCCCAAAAUUAUGGUCCUCCCUACGUUCCCUACCAGAGGGCGCCACGAAAGGCCUGAAAAGGAUGCACUUUCUGCUUCGAUUUGAUGAUUCCCUGCAGAGUAAGAUUGAAUUAAAAUAAACUAAAUUUGACUUAA